GAGAUGAGAUUUUCCUUGACUUGGUUUGGAACUUUCAUGGUAACUGAUUGGAAAUAUCUUAAAACCAUAAAAAAAUGGAAAAAAUCUUUGGAACUUUCCUGGAGAUGAUAAACAGCUUUGGUCCCUAAUUGCCUCAUAAUUUCUGCUGAAAUAGAGAGAGCUUCUCAUAACCAAAGUUAUUCUCAUUCUGUCUGUGAAAUCAAUUCAUACACACUUUAGACAACAUGAUGCAUAUUCUAAUCCAAAUUUGGAAAUGGUUGAUGCAGCCAAAGUUGUGGAGGUUUGUGGGUUUUGUUUCAUCCAUUGUUGGAUUGCUCUGUUAUGGUCUAAGCUCUUCCUUCAACUAUCUCUUUGGAGAUUGGAAUCUGUUGAAGAUUUUCCUUUACAGUGUUUUCAGCUUAAUCAUCAGCCUCAUCAUUUUAUUUGCAAAGACAUGGCAACACUCAACAAGUCUUCGAUUCAAAGCUCACGCAGCAUUUUUGGUAUUAACAAUCACUUCACUCUAUUCAUUUUUCUUUGAUAAAGUAAUGAAUGGAAAACCAGAUGCAUAUAGUCUACUUUCAUGUGCUGCUUUUGCUAUCAUGUUACUAAGUUUGUCACGGAAAACUCAAUGCGGAUUUGAAGUGGAUCUUCUUUACUUUUUUCUCGGAUGUCUAAUUGUGCAACUCAUGAAGAUUAAACUGCAGUUAUUCAUUGUUGGAGCAGGUUUCGGUUACUUAAUUAUUAUUUUACGUUCUUCUUUCUCUUCUAUAGAUGUUGUAAUAUAUAAUGCAGAACUUACUAGUCCCCAAGCUGAAAAUCUGGUAAUUAUUGAAGUCAAUUCAGAUUCACUGCAACUAACCAGUACCGAUAUUGGUAGCAGUAUGGUGGAACAACUCAGUAACUAUGUGAAGGCACUUCGGCAAGAAAAUUCAAAUAUCAUCGAAAAGCUUGGAGAUGAUUCUGGAUUUAUUAUGUCUGACCCUGACUUCAUGAUCAAGGCCUUGCCAACUGAAACAAUCGACAACCUUCACAAAACAGCCAAGUUGAUGGUUAGUGCUGGAUUUGAGAAGGACUUCUCCGACGUGUAUAUCAGUUGCCGUAAGGAAUGUUUGGUAGAAAGCCUCACAAGGUUAGGGUUCAAGAAACUCAACAUCGAGGACAUUCAGAUGUUGUCAUGGAUGGAAAUUGAAGACGGUCUUGAAAGAUGGAUUAAAGCUUCCAAAUUGGCUUUGAAGAUAUUGUUUCCAACUGAGCGACGAUUAUGUGAUCGGGUUUUCUUUGGGUUCUCAUCCAUCGCUGAUUUAUCAUUUAUGAAUGUCUGUAUGGAAUUUACACUUCAGUUGCUGAAUUUUGCCGAUGCUAUUGCCAUUGGAAGCCAAUCACCUGAGCGGUUGUUUAAAGUCAUUGACAUGUUUGAAACAAUGCGUGACCUCAUUCCAGAGUUUGAGUGUCUGUUCCGUGAUCAAUACAGUUUGUCGCUGCAAAAUGAAGCAACCACAAUUUGGAAGAAAUUGGGGGAAGCAAUUAGAGGGAUUUUCAUGAAGUUGGAGACUUUGAUUCGCAGAAAUCGAGCUAAGGCAGCUGUUCCGGGUGGUGGACUUCACCCGAUUACUCGCUACGUGAUGAAUUAUCUCCGCGCUGCAUGUCAGUCAAGACAGACAUUGGAGCAAGUGUUUGAAGACUAUGGACAUCCAUUGAAAGAAUACCCUAAAAUUGAUGAUAGAAUGUCUUCAUCUUCCUCUUUGUCAGUGCAAAUGGAUUGGAUUAUGCAGCUAUUAGAGAGCAAUUUGGAAGCCAAAUCGAAAAUCUAUAAAGAUCCUGCAUUGUGCUAUGUUUUCUUGAUGAAUAACUGCAGGUACAUUGUUCAAAAGGCUGAAGAUAGUGAAUUAGGGUCACUUUUAGGUGAUGAUUGGAUCAAAAAACACACUGCGAAAAUUCGGCAGUACCAUGUGCAGUAUCAAAUAAGGUCAUGGAAUAAGGUGUUUGGGUUUCUGAAAGUUAAAUACAAUGGAUUAAUCCCACCUAAAGGGGUAGCCAAGUCUAUGAAAAAGAAGCUGAAAUCAUUCAACAUGGUGUUUGAUGAUUUAUGCAGGGUUCAAUCUUCAUGGUUUAUCUUUGAUAAACAACUUAGGGAAGAAAUAAGAAUUUCAAUUGAGAAACUUUUGUUACCAGCUUAUGAAAAUUUCAUGGCGAGGUUUCAUAAUAUUGCUGAAGUUGGUAAGCAUGCUGAGAAAUACAUUAAGUACGAAACAGAGGAGAUUGAAGCAAGACUCAAUGAUUUGUUUCAGGGAAGCAGUGGAUCAACUGGUAGCAGAAAGAGAAGCUAAAAACUCCAAAGUUGUGGAGGUUUGUGGGUUUUGUUUCAUCCAUUGUUGGAUUGCUCUGUUAUGGUCUAAGCUCUUCCUUCAACUAUCUCUUUGGAGAUUGGAAUCUGUUGAAGAUUUUCCUUUACAGUGUUUUCAGCUUAAU